CCAGCGGGUGAUCCAACGGUGGAUUCGAGCUAAGGAAUGAAUGCGAAUCCUUCUGUCGCGCGAAAGAUACAGCCCCGUCCGCGUCUCGUCUCAACUUCUUCUCGCUUCUCCAGAACGGAACCUCCACCCCUUCUCUCCCGCCGGCGUAGAUGCAAGAAAGCCCAAGCGAGGCAAAGGAUCACCAUUCUAACCCUACUCAUAUCCCCAGAUAUAGACACCAGCCUCGAAUGAAAUCCAAAUCCGAACCCCUCCUUUCCAAAUCCAUGCAUCCAUCACUCCCUGCCGCGAGACUCCUUAAAGGCCGUCGCCCCCCUUCCCUACCUUUCGCCAUCACCCUCCCUCCUUUAUUUGUCGAAAGCAGCAGCAGAAGAGGCCCACGCCCCCGGUCACCCGCCCCCACGGAUUCGCGCGCCCAAACAAGAGGUCGAGCAUCACGAGGAGGAGCGUCUUCGUCGCCCUAACGGGGAGAGGAGCGAAGGGCGUGGCUUCGCGGUCUGCGAGGGAGGGUGGCUGGUGGUGGAUGAGGUCCGGAUCCGGGCGCGGGCCGCUCGCCUCCGGGGAGGGCUCGCUGGGCGUGAGAAAGUGGGCGGCUGAUGGUCCGGACCGAGGAAGCGGCGGUGAGGGCAAGGCGACCCAAGGCUACGUGAUAGGUCCCGUUUAUCAGUACUAGAAUGGUGGAGGAGAGGUGGGGAUUAACGGGGGUUAUAGGUAGGAAGAGCAGCAAGGUUCGCCUAGAUUGCUGACGCUGCCCACCGUUCUCACAAUUGGUCGGGUUGCUUCCGUUCCUCUUCUCGUAAGCAGUACGUCUACUCUCUCUCUCUCUCUCUCUUCUUUCGUUUAAUCUCUCUACAUCUAUUCACGUUUUUUUUCGAUGUUUGGUCGUAUGGUUGUUGUUCACAACAAAAGAUUGGACCUUGAUGUGCAUUGUUUUUCAUGUCUUAUUGGUCCGGAUUCACAAAAAAAGAUGGGAUUUUGACGUGUCAUGAUGUCUUUUUUUUUUCUCUUGCAGAAUUCAUUGCAUUUAACUUAAGCUGGCUGGCAAUGCUUGGUUUCUGAUUUUCUUAUAGGGGUCUUGGUUUAGGCUAUGAUUCAUGUUUCUCUCCCCCGGUAUUCUUUUUUUCAUUCUGCAAACUCUGAACAUUAAAACAAGGAGGCAAUACUAAUUUAUUUAUUUGUAAACUUAAUACGUGAUUCAGAUAUGCUUUCUUUCAUAAAAAGGUAGGAUUUUUCUUAACGUAAGACUAAUAUAUUAGAAAUCGCCUCCUUCAAGCAUGGUUGUUGGCUUUGGAAUUUUAAAAAGAAGUUUCUAAUGAUCAUUGAUCCUUUCUUUAGGGGAGAGGGGAAAGAUGGGUUUUCAUUGCAAUUGGUCAUUGCACACCAGAGUGAAAAAGAGAUCUAGUCCUGGGAUUUGAAGAUAUUAUCUUAGCUAGAAUUUAGGCACAACCAUUUUAUUUCACAAGUUUCUGCAUCUCAACCUCUGUUUAGAUAAUGUAACCAAUACAAUACAGCCAUCCAUACUAUUAGCUUAGCUAGAAUUUAGGCACAACCAUUUUAUUUCACAAGUUUCUCCAUCUCAACCUCUGUGUAGAUAAUGUAACCAACACAAUACAACCAUUCAUAGUAAUGCUUGCGACAAGGGUUCAUAUGAAGCAUGAGAUUAGAAAUUUUGGCUUGGAUGAGAAAGGAAAAAAAUUGGCUUAUGGGAGCUUAUGUUUGCAUCUUUAAAUAAGAAGAGAAUCAAGAGAUAUAUAACUAGGAUCCUCGAUCUGCAAAUGCUGAAAAUCAAGACUGAAAUCUGGUCUCAAAGCUGACUCUGACUAUAGUUGAGUUUGAAUCCUCCAAUCCUUAUCACCAUGUAGUUUUUUUUCCCAUCCUUGUCCAGUUUGGAUGGUUGCACAGUUCCAUGGCAUUUAAAGUCUGCACAUGUAAAAUCUGGUUGAAACUUUGACAUGUGAUCCUCAAAGGUCAGGCUUAUUGGUUGUAGUCCAUUUAUGGAGGGGUGAAAUGGAACCUGACAUGUUGAUUCUAGGAGUAUACUUUAUUGGUCAUGGACCAGGUAUACAUUCCAGAAUGUGUAGUUCUGUUUUUAUAAGUAUCUGUUGUAUGUAUGCAUGUACCCUUCUUUCUACUGCUAUGAUGCCUGGGAGAUUUUCUUUCCAGUGUAUGCAGGUAUUGCAUUUGAAGAGAUUAAUGUCUUCGUUUUCUCUCACUAGCCUUCUACAUGAAUGGUUGGUGGGCAACAACUGCUACAACAAGCAUAUUUAUUGCUGCAGCUGUCACAGACUGGCUAGAUGGUUAUAUUGCUCGAAAGAUUUGUUUCCUGUAUCACUUGAAGGAUCCCACGUAUAGGUUGUUAGCCCAGUUUAUCUGCUUUAUGCUUUGGCUUCCAUAACAAUUUUCUGUUCAUCUGAUGUGGUUAGGAACGACUUUUGGUGCAUUUUUGGAUCACGUAGCUGAUAAGGUUUUACCUUUUCUUCUGUGCCUUCUUUUGCUUCUACUAUCAUAAUUGAAUCUUUGUGGUUUGCAUUUUACAGGUCAAUUAGGCAGAUGAUAUUAUAUUUCUUUUUUUUUUAUUUUAUUUUUUCAGUGACAGUUUAGGAUUCCUCUUUUUUUUGCUCGUUGAGUGCAGCUUAUAGUUGCUUCUACACUAGUAUUAUACUAUUAUUAUGUACCAGACCUUUGAAAGUUGCUGCAUUUCGAGUCGUACCUUGGCUUCUCAUGGUACCUUCAAUUGCCAUUAUUUGUAGAGAGAUAAAAAUGUCCACUGUUAGAGAGUGGGCUGCAUCUCAGAAUAGUAGAGUUCUCAAGGCUGUAGCAGUAAACAAUCGCGGGAAAUGGAAAACAACAACACAAAUGACUGCACUCACCAUCCUCCUUGCCACCAGAGACUCCAGUCUGACAGGGCUGGGUGUUCUAGUUGCUUCUGGUGUAGUUUUGCUUUACGUAUCUGCUGGGCUUGCCAUAUGGUCAUUUGCUGUCUACAUGAGGAAGAUAUGGAGAGUUUUGCUUGAGUAGUUAUGCAAUACUUCAAGAUGGGUACAAGCCUUAAAUGCUGCGAGACUACAUUCACAAACAUUAAGGAUAUCCUUGUGGCAUCAACUUAUUGGCCAGGGCCCCCCUAAUUUGGCAGCUUUCUCCAGGCCAAAUGGGGACCUUUUCUUAUUGAUCCAAGCAAGGUAAUUGGUUGGUGGACAUGAUACGAUCUUUCUACAAUCAGGAGCAGCUCAAUAUAUUUGGGGGCCUAAGGCCGUUUUAUCUUUGAGGCCUUCUCUGCAGUGGACCGGCCUAAGGCGAACUCACAUGGAGGCCUUUUUUCUUUCCGUUUUGUCCCUGCGGUGGGUCUUCUUUGGGCCGAGGCCUUAGGCGACCGCCUCAGCCACCUAAAGAUUGGACCGGCCUUGUGACUACAAUGAAGAGGCUGGAACUGAAAUGCAUCAUUCAUUAUAUACCGCAUGUCGUUGGUUUCAUUAGCAAUUUUCUCAUCAGAAUCAGGGGAUACUUUACCUCUUGCCACAAGGACAGCUGUUUUGUCAAAUUUCACUGGACAAAAACAUUGCUGGGUUAUGUGAUACAAUAGAUAGCAACAUUUUGUGGUUGCGUUGGAAAACAAAAGAUUUUGAUCAUGGGAUGUUUCUUACAUGAAUCAAACAGGUCCUGAGCAGGCGCCGAUGCAGCAUUUUUCUACCA